CAAAGGAGCAUGAGCAUGGAGUUGUUGUUUGAGCUCAAACACAAGCAGGAAGCAUCAGGAAGGUGGGACAGGAUGGCUCGCUCUCUGUAUGAGUGGCUGUGGCAGCACGAGUUCUGGCUGCCCCCAGGAAUCACCUGGGAGGACAUGCAAGAAUCUGAAGACACUCAUUACCCUCAGCCUCGUGAUCUCCUGCUCAGUAUCCCGUUUGCUUUAAUCUUGGUAGUCAUUCGAUGUGCCUUUGAAAGAGCCAUAGCCCUGCCCCUCUGUCCCAAACUGGGUGUGAGGGACAAGCAGAGACCAAAAGUUCAGCCCAACCCCGUGCUGGAAACGUUCUAUAGUACACGCCGCAAGAACCCUAAAGACGGUGAGCUGCUCAAUUUAGCCAAGCAAUGUGACUUGCCAGUGAGAAAGGUGGAGAAGUGGUUCCGACACCGGAGGAACAUGGACCGGCCCAGCCUGUCCAAGAAGUUCAGCGAGGCCUGCUGGAGAUUUACAUUUUACAUCAUUUCUUUCUUCACUGGACUCGCUGUCCUGUAUGAUAAGCCUUGGCUUUGGGACCAUAGAGAGUGCUGGACCGGAUAUCCACAACAGCCUCUCCAGCCCUCCCUGUUUUGGUACUACAUGCUGGAGCUCUCCUUCUACUGGUCACUGGUCUUCACCUUGCCCUUUGAUGUGAAGAGGAAGGAUUUCAAGGAGCAGAUAGUCCAUCAUGCUGCAACCAUCUUCCUGAUCAGUUUUUCAUACUGUGCCAACUACAUCCGCAUUGGGACACUGGUGAUGGUGAUUCAUGAUGCUUCUGAUUGCUUCCUAGAGCCAACUAAGAUAUUCAAUUACAUGAAAUGGAAAAAAACUUGUGACAGCCUCUUUAUGAUCUUCUCAGCUGUUUUCUUGAUCAGCCGCCUGAUCAUUUACCCCUACACAGUGCUUUAUAACACCUACUAUUACUCCAUGGAGAUAUUCCAACCCUUCUUUGGAUACUACUUUGUGAAUGUUCUCCUGAUAAUUCUGCAGCUGCUCCAUGUCUUCUGGUCCUGCCUAAUUAUUCACAUGGUCUACAAGUUCAUCCUCCAGGGCACGGUCCAGAUUCCUGUAUAUUUCCUGAUCUGUCAGUUCCAGAGUGAUCCAAGGUGCAGGUUGUUCACAGAAGAUACUGUCUCCCAUCCAUAUUGUCCUUGGAGGCAGAGUGAAUUCAGUGCAAAUUUAGAUUUUUACAAAUCCUGUCUGCAUCUGGUUGUAGUGAUCUUUUGAAAGAGCAUGAGCUGGAAUAGAGAUCUCAAUAUGAUCUGGGAGAUCUCAAGAAGAAUGGGCAGCCAUAAAUGGAGAUUAAAUUUCUGGGCAGCACCUGAUUUUCCCCUGAGCAGUUUCUAAAGCUGAGGUCACAGAAGGGGUUUACAGCUUUCCCUCUGUCCAACAAGGAGUGUGACACUGUGAAUUUGUCCCCAAUAUUGGCAUCCUAUAUGACAGAGUAGAGACAACCUGAGAAGCCAGGAAGUGCUGAGCUGCUCUUUUCUAAGCUGUCAUUUUAUCCCAUUAUUUCUUUUUUGCCUUCUUCUUAAGGCAGAUAAUUAAAUAUUUACAGAAGUAGAUUACAGAUCUAUCAGUCAAUAAACAGCAAGAGGAAAAGCCUGACCAUAAAACUGAAUGCAGUCAGAGUGGAGUGGCUUUGUGUUGACCCUUUGGGAAGCAUGUUUCCAGCCUGUCCUGAGUGUUGUCAGCCUGCAGCCACCCAGGCCACGUUACCACCCAGGCAAAAGUUACUCCUUGUCCGUUUUGGAAAGUAUAAAAUAGCUUGAUUAAUGGCCUCCCCCAUCCUUCUCCCUCAUGCUGAUGACCAGUGCAGCAAUGUGGAUCUCCUCAGGCUUACACAGUUGUCUUCAGUCCUGGGCAUUUGUGGUUUUGCUCUACUUCGCAGCCUGUAAUUCCUAAUUUCAGGAAUUAUGUGUAUCAGGAAUGUGUAUCAGGAUCACAGAUGAGAUUCCAGUGAGACUGAAAGCAAAAAGGCAGGGAGAAUCUGCUCCCAAGGGUAAUGUAAAAGCUGCAGGGAUCCUGUGCUGAGUGGCUGAGGCAGCAGGUGCAUGGUCAGCCUGUGGCUCAGCCAUCACUGCUGCUUGUGGAACUGCUGUGUUUAUCUGGCCUCUCACUCACCUGCCUUUGUAGAUGGAAAAGGACAUGAGAAGUGACACAGAAGAAAGUGACAAGGAUGAAGAAAGAGAUAAAAUUAGAGAAAA